GUAGCUGUAUCCAGUUGGGUGGCAGGCAGACCCAAGGGGUACCAUGAAGUUUUCAGGACCCCUGGAGAGCCAGAGGUUGUCUCUCCUCUUGGAGAUGGCAAUCUCUAGGGAAGCUCAGAUGUGGAAAGUCCAUGUGCCCAAAAUUCAGCCCAAUCAGGAUGUAGGCAUUUCUCCAACCCAGCGGGACGAAGUAAUCCAUUGGCUGGCCAAACUCAAGUGCCAGUUCCAUCUUUAUCCAGAAACGCUCGCCCUGGCUGUCAGCCUCUUGGACAGGUUUUUAGCUGCCGUGAAGGCCCGUCCAAAGUACUUGAACUGUAUUGCAAUCAGCUGCUUCUUCCUCGCCGCCAAGACUAUCGAGGAAGAUGAGAGGAUUCCAGUACUGAAAGUGUUGGCCAGAGACAGCUUUUGUGGCUGUUCUCCAGCAGAAAUUCGCAGGAUGGAGAAGAUCAUUCUGGAUAAACUGAACUGGGACCUUCACACAGCAACCCCGCUGGAUUUCCUCCACAUUUUCCAUGCAGCCGCCCUGUCAACGAGGCCUCAGCUGCUGACCACCUUGCCCAAGAUGAGCCCAUCCCAGCACCUGGCCCUGCUCACCAAGCAGCUGCUCCACUGCCUGGCCUGCUACCAGCUCCGGCAGUUCAAGGGCUCCUUGCUGGCCCUGGCCAUCGUCAGCCUGGAGGUGGAGAAACUGGUCCCUGAUUGGCUCGCCCUCAUCAUCGAACUGCUCCAGAAGGCACAGAUGGACAGCUCCCAGCUGAUCCACUGCCGGGAGCUCGUGGCACACCACCUUUCCCCUCUGCAGCCUUCCUCCCUGCCGCCCAACUCCGUCUACGUCUACACCCCCCUGAAGCACAACCUGGUGACCUGCCACGCAGGAGGCCUUCGAUUCCACCCCUCCUUGGUCCCAGGCCCGGGCGCCAAGGACAACCGCAAACCAGAAGUGCCAAGCCGAGGAUCCGCUGCGCUGGGCCUGCGCCGGCCGGCCCCCAGCAGGUGCAAGCAGGCGACGGCCAAGCGCAAAGUGGAAGAGAUGGAGGUGGACGACUUCUACGAUGGGAUCAAGCGGCUCUACAAUGAGGAGAAUGCGCCUGAAGGGGCGGCCUUGGAAGGGAAGGCCUCCUCAGCAUGCGGCGCCGAUGUCUCCCGGCAAGGAGGGAGCGUCUCCCCGUGCCCUCCGCUGCAGCCCGUUUCCGUCAUGUAG